AUGACCACGACUGCACCAUUGAGAACCAUCAAGGGCGGGACCGCCUCUAGUGUGACCACCGUCACGAACUGCGGCGCUCGCUAUGCCUCGGACAAGGUGGUCCAGCACAACGGAUACGGCACCGUCAAGAUCGACGGCUUUUUCGCCCAGGAGUUCGGCAAGCUGUACCGUUCGUGCGGCACGUGUGGUGACAUUCCCCGUACUGUGACGGUGGACAACGUGUACGCCAUCGAUCCGCUGGUGAGUGUCAUUACCGUGAACAAGAACUAUGGCGACCAGGCCAAGCUGAGUAACAUCCACGUGAAGACGACGAACGGCAACAACGAUGUGAAGGUGUGUCAGUGGUCGCAGGGCGGCAGUUCGCCGUCGAACCUGGGCGACGGUCCGUCGGGUACGCUGUGCCAGUACUCGGAGAGCGAUGUCCACAUCAACGAGUAA